AUGAUUUUGUUGAAGGGUUUAAAAUUAUCUUCAAGAUACUACGACAGUUAGAAAAGUGCUAUCGAUUCACGGUGUUUGUGGGCAUGUGUACGGUCACAAUAGGCACAUUUUUGUGUGUACCAUCUGUUAUUACCUACGACAAGUCUACGGAUUUCAAUACUUUGCGAAUAGUAUGCAUUGUUGGCUGGGUCCUUUUAGGUUGGAUAUAUGAAUACGGAGUAAGCCAACAAACUGAUUUGUUUUGUCGACAAAUAGACAAGACCAAAUUAGUCUGCUCCUAUAUACAACUCAAACCGAGCAGUAGUGAUGAUAUUUUGGAACUGACCAAAAGAAUUCUACGUACGUUAGAGUUUCGCGAUCCCCGACUAUCUUUGUACGGGAUGUAUUACAUGAACACUGGCUUGGUACUGCGCAUCGCCGCUUCAAGCUUCGUCUACAUCACUGUUCAACUGCAGAUAUUAAUUCCGGCAAUAGAAGAAAAUAGAACCGACCUGUCUACCACACUACCUUAA